UUCGGACGGCGGUGGAAAUGCGUACUAAAUAAUUUGCUUCUGACUUUACACUAGUUUUCACUGCCCGUUUUCCUACCAUUGAGAUUUAAAGAAGAACGUAAAAUCAAGGUAGCCUGUAACAUUUCGAAACAGUAAAGAAUUAGUGAAAAAUGACGGGUGCAAGUGGCGCGAGUAGCGUGACCAGUAGCCCGCUACCAAAAUGGCAACUGGCUUUGGCUGUUGCAGCGCCGGUUGCUUUAGGGCUCGGAUAUAUGUAUUAUAAAAACAAUACUAACAAUAAGCCAUCCUCAAAAUCAAAUCGUGGUAAAUCAAAGGGUAGCUCAAAGGAAAAUGGCACACCAGCCACUGACAAACAAAUUUCAAUUGACAUCGAUUACCCACCAAAAAGUACAUCUGAACCUGAGACUCUAUUGGAGAAAGCUCAAAAAUACAAAAAUGAAGGAAACGAACAGUUUAAAAAAGGAAAGUUCGACGAAGCAAUAACACAAUACAAUCUUGCAAUUGAAAUAUGUCCUAAGGAAAAUACAGAAGUUCUUGCUACUUUUUAUCAAAAUAGAGCUGCUGCUUAUGAACAAUUGAAAAAGUAUAGUGCUGUCAAAGCAGAUUGUACAAAAGCCUUAGAAUUAAAACCAAAGUAUGCAAAAGCAUUAUUACGUAGGGCAAGGGCAAUGGAACACUGUAAUGAUUUAGAGUCAGCUUUGGAAGAUGUUACUGCUGCAUGUAUUUUGGAAAAUUUUUCUAAUCAAACAACAAUUUUAAUGGCAGAUAGAGUUUUAAAGCAAUUAGGUAGACAACAUGCAAUGGAACAUUUGGCAAACAAAAAAUUAAUAAUGCCUAGCAAAUAUUUUAUUAAAACAUAUAUUAGUACUUUCCCUAAAGAUCCUGUUUUUGUAAGCCUUCAAAAUGCCAAUGAUGGUAAUAUUUCUCAGGGUCUUCUAAAAGUUUUAGAAUCUGUGAAAGAACAAAAUUAUGAUGAUGUAAUACCCUUAUGCAAUGAAGAACUUGACAGUUCUGAACCAAAUACACUGUUACACAGAAUGGAAGUAUUACUCACAAGAGCCACAUUUUACCUUUUAUUAGGACAGCAUGAUGCUGCAAUUGAAGAUCUUGGAACUAUUAUAGAUAACGAUUCUGUUUCAAAUGGUGUGAAAGUAAAUGCUUUGAUAAAAAGGGCUACUUUAUUUAUGCAACUGGAAAAUCCAGAAAAAAGUUUUUGUGAUUUUAAAAUGGCUGCUGAGCUUGAUCCCGAGUGUGGUGACAUUUAUCAUCAUAGAGGCCAGGUAAACUUACUUAUGGAAAACAUAGAUGAAGCCAGGGAAGAUUUUAGAAAAGCUGUUGAAUUUAAUCCCAACUUUGGAGUAGCAUUUGUACAGAAGUGCUAUGCAGAUUAUCGUUAUGGUAUAGUAAAAAGGGAUAUGGAAGUAAUAAGAGAAGCUAUGAAAGGUUUUGAACAAGCAGUUGAGAAAUUUCCAGACUGUCCCGAAUGUUAUACUUUGUAUGCACAGAUGUUGUCGGAAACACAAGAUUAUCAGAAAGCAGAUAGGUACUUUGCUAAAGCAAUUGAAAAAGAUCCAACUAAUGCAACAGUCCAUGUGCACAGAGGUUUAUUACAGUUACAAUGGAAUGCUGAUGUUGAUAAAGCUGUUGAAUAUAUCAAUAAAGCAUUGUUAUUAGAUGACAAAUGUGAAUAUGGAUAUGAAACAUUAGGAACAAUUGAAGUUCAAAGAGGAAAUUUAACAGAAGCAAUAAAAUUAUUUGACAAGGCCUUAGCAUUAGGUCGCACAGCCAUGGAGCUUACACAUAUUUUCAGUCUGAGAGAUGCUGCAAAAACGCAACUUACAAUAAAAGAUAAACUAGGUUCCAGUAUAAUGUUUAAUUUCCAAAAUGUUUCAUAAGCUUUUUUUUGUAUAAAACAACACUGAUCGGGAUCGAAAUUUAAAAUAAAUAAUACACAUGGUUACCAGAAUUAAAGAAUGAAGUUUCGUGUCUAUGGUAUGAUCCGUAAAUAUAGUUUUAUACGCGAGUUCAGUAAAAUUUUUGCAGUAAUACAUCGAUUCUUUUUACAAAUACCAUACACUUGUAUCUGCUGUUGUUUUUUCUGUAGAAAUUUAAAGUAAAAUAUUAAAAAUCCAUCAUAGUUACUUUUUAACUACAUUAUUUUUUAGUAGUUUUUCAACUGUAAGUUCCUACGAACUCUAUUUUUGAAAAUUGCAUUUAUAAAACAUCUAUUUUAGCGUUUUCGUUAGAUAUAAGACUACAAAGACAUGAUGCCUACUACCACUUCAAUUGUUGAUUAUUUAAACUUUUAUAAAAUUUUCGUUUACAAGAUCUGUUAUUCACUUGUAUUUUGUGAAAUAUCAUAUUAAAUAUUCUUAGAACAUAUAAGCGUACUAAAGGUUGUACGCUUAUACAAUACUUAAAAUAUUGUAUACACAUACAUGUUGCUUAUUGAAACAAAAUUGUUAAAAAACAAAAAAUAAAUGAAUAAUUAAUUUGUAAUAGUUUACUAAAAAUUGUAGUUACGAAUCUAAAACUGUAUUUUACAUUAUUUUGUACAUAUAUCUUUUAAUCAAAUCAUGUAAAAUUUGAGAUAUCAAAUUAUAAUAUGGCUUACAAACUAGAAAGGAACAUAUUCAUUUCCUGGGAAUAGUACAAUAAAACAGUACCUACAUUGUUCAUAAUGCUCAGUGGCUGUAUAAUGACACUAUGAAUAUAAAAUACGAAAACACGUGCGUAUUUGAAAAUUGUUGUACAGAGAAAUUUGAUAGAUAAUAUAUUAUUUCAUUACGAAACAA